ACUGCACGUACGUUCAAGUUCAACUCAAGACAUACAGAACUCUUGGAUUAAGGGCAAAUUGGGAAAUUCAGGGGGCAUAAAAGAUUUUUGGGUAUUACCAAAUAAAAAAAGCACGGCCCAUAUUCCAGAAUUAUUUUCCUUUCCUUCACUCAUUAGAAGAGUAUAUAAACACCAUUCUCCAUAACCAAAAACACGAUUAUCAAAUCGUAAUCGAUAACCCAACCGCUAUAACCGUAAACCCUUCACAAUUACCAUAUCGAAAUCUCUAAAACCCUAAACCCUUCUGUGCAUCGCUUUGUCAUAGCCAUGUAUCUCUACAAUCUCACUCUGCAACGACCCACCGGCAUUGUCUGUGCAAUCAACGGCAACUUCUCCGGCUCAGACGACGGUAUUACCCAAGAAAUCGUCGUCGCCAGAGGCAAGGUUCUCGAACUUCUUCGCCCCGACAAAUUUGGCCGCAUUCAAUCAAUCCUUUCCGUCCAAGUUUUCGGCACCAUUCGCUCCCUGUCUCAGUUCCGUCUCACCGGAGCUCAGAAAGACUUCAUCGUCGUCGGUUCUGACUCCGGCAGAAUCGUAAUCCUUGAUUACAACAAACAGAAAAACGUUUUUGAUAAAAUUCACCAAGAAACUUUUGGGAAAUCAGGUUGCCGGAGAAUUGUUCCUGGUCAGUAUCUUGCAAUUGAUCCUAAAGGUAGAGCUGUUAUGAUUGCUGCUUGUGAAAAAAAGAAGCUUGUUUAUGUUUUGAAUAGAGAUAGUUUAGCUAGGUUAACAAUUUCUUCGCCUUUAGAAGCAAAUAAAUCUCAUACUAUUGUUUUUUCAAUUUGUGCUGUUGAUUGUGGUUUUGAAAAUCCUAUAUUUGCUGCUAUUGAAUUGGAUUGUUCUGAUGCUGAUCAGGAUGCUACUGGUGUGGCUGCUUCUCAAGCUCAGAAGCAUUUGAUUUUUUAUGAACUUGAUUUGGGUCUUAAUCAUGUUUCUAGGAAGUGGUCUGAUCAGGUUGAUAAUGGUGCUAAUAUGCUUGUGACUGUUCCUGGUGGUGCUGAUGGCCCUAGUGGGGUGCUUGUUUGUGCUGAAAAUUUUGUUAUUUAUAAGAAUCAGGGUCAUCCGGAUGUUAGGGCUGUGAUUCCGAGACGUGCUGAUUUGCCUGCCGAGCGUGGUGUUCUCAUUGUUUCGGCUGCUAUGCAUAAAACAAAGAAUUUGAAACCUGAGGAGUUUAAAUUGUUCUUCCUUUUGCAGACUGAGUAUGGUGAUAUCUUUAAGGUAACUUUGACUGACGGUGGUGGUGACCGUGUCUCUGAAUUGAAUAUUAAGUAUUUUGAUACUAUUGCUGUUGCUGUAUCAAUUUGUGUGCUCAAGUCGGGGUUCUUGUUUGCAGCUUCCGAGUUUGGGAAUCAUGCAUUGUAUCAAUUUAAGGGAAUAGGGGAUGAUGAUAAUGAUGUGGGAGCAUCGUCUGCGAGUCUGAUGGAAACAGAAGAGGGUUUUCAGCCUGUGUUUUUCCAGCCCAGGAGACUCAAAAACCUUGUUAGGAUUGACCAGGUUGAGAGUUUGAUGCCUGUCAUGGAUAUGAAGGUCAGUAAUCUCUUUGAAGAGGAGACUCCCCAAAUUUUUACUCUUUGUGGGCGCGGUCCUCGGUCAUCUCUGAGGAUCAUGAGAACUGGUUUGGCAGUUAGUGAGAUGGCGGUUUCCAAGCUUCCUGGUAUACCUAGUGCUGUUUGGACUGUUAAGAAGAAUGUUAUGGAUGAGUUUGAUGCAUAUAUCGUUGUGUCCUUCACAAAUGCCACACUUGUGCUUUCUAUUGGUGAGACUGCUGAUGAAGUCAGCGACAGUGGUUUUCUGGAUACUGCUCCCUCCCUCGCUGUUUCUUUGAUAGGCGAUGAUUCUCUCAUGCAGGUUCAUCCAAAUGGUAUUAGGCAUAUUAGGGAGGAUGGCCGUACGAAUGAGUGGCAAACUUCUGGAAAGAGGACAAUUGCAAAAGUUGGGUCCAAUAGACUUCAGGUUGUUAUUGCGCUGAACGGUGGGGAGCUUAUAUAUUUUGAAGUCGAUGUAACUGGUCAGCUGAUGGAGGUGGAGCGGCAUGAAAUGUCAGGAGAUGUUGCUUGUUUGGACAUUGCUCCAGUGCCUAAAGGCAGACUAAGAUCCCGUUUUCUUGCAGUUGGCUCAUAUGACAAAACGAUCCGAAUCUUAUCGUUGGAUCCCGAUGAUUGUAUGCAGACUCUAGGUAUACAGAGUCUUUCUUCAGCCCCAGAAUCUCUUCUUUUCCUUGAAGUUCAAGCAUCUGUUGGUGGUGAGGAUGGUGCAGAUCAUCCUGCUAGCCUUUUCCUUAAUGCUGGUUUGCAGAAUGGUGUCUUGUCUAGAACUGUGGUGGAUAUGGUCACAGGUCUUCUUUCUGAUACCCGUUCCCGAUUCUUAGGAUUAAAAGCCCCAAAGCUGUUUCCCAUUAUUGUAAGAGGAAAGCGUGCUAUGCUUUGCCUGUCAAGUCGACCUUGGCUUGGUUAUAUUCACCAAGGACAUUUCCUUUUAACGCCCCUUUCAUAUGAAACCCUUGAAUACGCCGCGUCAUUUUCAUCUGACCAAUGUUUUGAAGGUGUAGUGUCUGUUGCUAGUGAGGCAUUGAGGAUUUUUACCGUUGAAAGGUUAGGAGAAACAUUUAAUCAGAAUGUUAUUCCUCUUAGAUACACCCCAAGGAAAUUUGUGCUGCAACCAAAACGGAAACUUCUGGUGGUGAUUGAGAGUGAUCAAGGAGCACUUACAGCAGAAGAGCGUGAAGCUGCAAGGAAAGAGUGUUUUGAGGCUGCUCAUGCUGGGGAAAAUAAGACUGGAAGUGAAGAUCAAAUGGAGAAUGGUGGGGAGGAUGAGGAUAACGACGAUUCCCUCUCUGACGAGCAUUAUGGUUAUCCAAAAUCUGAAUCAGAUAAGUGGGUAUCCUGCAUCAGAGUUCUUGAUCCAAGGACAGGAAAUACGACCUGUCUUUUGGAGCUUCAGGAGAAUGAGGCUGCAUUCAGCAUAUGCACUGUAAAUUUUCAUGACAAGGAAUACGGAACCCUUUUAGCUGUUGGUACAGCUAAGGGACUGCAGUUUACACCCAAAAGGAGUUUAACUGCUGGAUUCAUUCAUAUAUAUAGGUUUCUAGAUGAUGGAAGGUCUCUUGAACUUCUCCACAAAACUCAGGUUGAGGGUGUUCCUCUCGCUCUAUGUCAGUUUCAAGGAAGAUUACUUGCAGGAAUUGGACCUGUACUCAGGCUAUAUGAUUUGGGAAAAAGACGAUUAUUAAGAAAAUGUGAGAAUAAGUCAUUCCCCAGCUCCAUUGUCUCUAUUCAUGCCUACCGUGAUCGAAUUUAUGUAGGUGGCAUCCAAGAGUCUUUCCAUUACUGCAAGUAUAGACGGGAUGAAAACCAGCUUUACAUAUUUGCUGAUGAUUCUGUUCCAAGAUGGCUUACUUCGUCAUAUCACAUAGAUUUUGACACCAUGGCAGGUGCAGACAAGUUUGGAAAUAUCUUUUUUGCGCGGUUGCCACAGGAUGUUUCUGAUGAGAUAGAAGAAGAUCCUACUGGUGGGAAGAUCAAGUGGGAGCAGGGAAAGCUGAAUGGAGCUCCCAAUAAGGUUGAAGAAAUUGUACAAUUCCAUGUAGGGGAUGUGAUCACAAGCUUGCAAAAGGCUUCUCUUGUACCAGGUGGUGGAGAGUGCAUUGUAUAUGGAACAGUUAUGGGAAGUGUCGGUGCAUUACACGCGUUUACUUCACGAGAUGAUGUUGAUUUUUUUUCUCAUUUGGAGAUGCAUAUGAGACAGGACAAUCCUCCUUUGUGUGGAAGAGACCACAUGGCUUAUAGAUCUGCUUAUUUUCCUGUUAAGGAUGUGAUUGAUGGGGACCUAUGUGAGCAAUUCCCAACAUUGCCGAUGGAUCUGCAGAGAAAAAUUGCUGAUGAAUUGGACAGGACCCCUGGAGAGAUACUAAAGAAACUCGAGGAAGUACGAAAUAAGAUUAUCUAACAGAUGCUUGUUAGAAAGGGGGAAAUUCUGCACCCGUGCAGUAUUUAUAAGAGACCUGCAAAAUGGCAAGUCAAAAGGUCAUUUACUUUUUCCCGCUUUGAAUGGUUAUGUCAUCAAAUUGUUCUGGUAGCUUCCUGUGCUGAAGUGAUCACUGUUGGCAUCUCCUGGGUUUUUAUUCUUUCAUUGUUUCUAAUGAAACUAUAGAGAUGUGCUUUAUAUUAUUAGUAAGAGGGAAGAUGGAAUACUGCACGUUUAUUCUUCAGAUUAGAGCUUAUGUAGCAAAUGCUGUUGUUUGAAUAGCUUAGUUUUUAUGUUGCCAUGUAGCUAUGUAGUUAAAUUGUUCAUAUUAUUAUUAACCAUGUUGGCAUUCAGAUUAUUAACCUGUACCAUUCACUUUCGAAUGGAGUGGUGUCCGGGAGAGUGUUUCAUAAGGUAGUUUGUAUUUUUCUCUAGUGGUUUUGGAUUGUUGUUUGUGGAGCGAUCGGCUUGAGGUAGAGUGCAGGGGCAUGCUGUUGGUGUGUUUUUGGUCUGGUGUUUUCGAUUAUGUGGUUGUGUGGAGUCUAGCGUGUCAUUAUUCUGAUAUCUAGCAUUUGUUUCGUUUGUCUUAUUUUACGUCAUUAAUCUUGUGAGUAUGUGAUUCAUCAUUGCCACGGCGGCUUCCAUAAGAGUUGAAAUCCUUCUUUUCCACCCCACUUUGCAUAAGGUAUUGUGCAGCAGGACUGUCCUUGUUAAUGUUUCCAGUUGGAGAAAUGUGAUCAGUUUUUGUUAUACUGUCACCAAAACUCAACAGGCAAUAGGCAUCCUUCACACCAUGAGGUCCAGGAGGACCAUUGUCAUGUCCUUGAAGUAUGGAGGCUCGUGAAUGCAUGUUGAGUUGGGGUCCCGUGAAUACGGCUUCUCAGCAGGAACUUGUAGUUCGUUCCACAUAGGGUUACCCUUAGUAAUAGCUUCAUAUGUACUUGUGAACAUGUCAGGCAACACGCUGUAUUGGAAUCAAGCAAAAACCAAAGUUAAUUUUUCUGUACACAUCAUAUCUCAAAUUCUCAAUAAGUAAUUUAACAUAAUGAUAAUACCAGGCAUCAUUCACCUGUGCAAUUUCUUCAUUGGAUGGCCAAAUAUCCUUCAAGUAAACAUUCUUGCCAUCCUUUCCUGUCCCUUAAUAUUGCAAAAAAAACAACCAUCUAGUUAACAAUUCAAGCAUCACCAAUUUUAUUAACACCAAUGAUAUAACCAAAAAGGUAAUCAAUUUUAUAUCUCAUCAAUUAUGCCAAAAAACCAUCUGUGUUAGAGAAUUAGCAUCACACCAAACAACAAUGACCUCUAUCAAUUCUCAUCAAUGAUGACCUUUAUCAUAAUCCACAACAUGCAUUUGUUCAACUCAUGAAAAAAGGGUCCCAUCAUCAAAUUCCAAAGUCAAAGUACCGACAGUGACAUGCAACUAUCAUAGAGUGAUGGCUGACCUGAGAGGUAGCAUAAAUAUUUGUAUCUCCAAAUUAAAGUGUAUCAUGUUCAUAGGGUUGUGUAGAACUAAUGGACUCAAUAUGUGUAUUCAUGAAUUAAAUAGUGUAGUUCCCAAAAUUCUUGUCCUCCAUAUUGGGAACAUUGUUCCUUUCAAACAGAUGUGAAGGAGUCCAAGUAAUGGAUUAAAUAGUUUGCAAAUUCUUCCUUCGGUUGAAGCAUAGGCAGAUACAGCAAAAGGGAAGAGCACACCAAUACAGCAUUGAAAGAGCUAAUAGUAAACAAAAAUCAACAUCGCACAAUAUUUUAUCAAAUAGUUUUCUUAGAUCAUAUUGAAGUGCCCAUAUUUUCCUUAAUAUAAAUCUGUCAGCCAAAUAUGACUUACCCUUUUUCCCCAUUCAUAUGCUUGGUCAAGCACAUAUGAGCACUCCAUUUCUUCAAAGCUCAUUAAAGGUCUGGCAAUUUCUAUUUGAAGAAUCUACAUAUUCAAAUGCAUCAUUAUCAGAUGAGAAAGAUGAAACUCUUGAUGAUAGAAUAUCACAGGCAUCAAAAAAGACAUUGUCAUCUUCAUCUGUUUCUUCCUCUGCCACAUCAUUUCUCUCAUUAUCAUCCUCAGAUUCACUUGCACUUCCUUCUGAAUUAAAAAUAGAAAUAUAGUCAUCUCUGAUAACUAAGCCAGCCCCUAGAAGAGCAAUAGAAGUAAUGACCAUGAUCAAAAUUGGUGUCCAUUUCAUAGCAAUCACCUGUGCUCCAAAACAAUGCAUGAGUACUAAAGUUUGUCUUUUUUAUUGUUUCUAAUUUCUAUAUACAAUACUGAAUUUUUCAUUCAUAAAUUGCAAAAAGGAAAAAUAUUUACUCAGUUUUCAACAAAUAUCUGCAUUACAAGGUCAAAAUUUUCAUUAUUGUCAAAAAUAAUACCAUUGCGCGAGAAGAAGUGCGGCGGGUCUCUAGUAAAUGGUUCAUCUCCUGUAUCAACAUUCUUGACUUAGGGGGGCAUAUUACACCUUAUCUUUCUCAUAGUAAUAUUAUUCGCCGCAGUACUUUUAUCUGAGGCAGACAACUACUUAAUCUGAGGAGAAUUUUCAAGAGUCUGAUUAGUCAAUGAAAUUGAACUCUGUGAGGCACCAAAACCAACUCCAUCAUGCUCCCUUGAAUCAAUAUUUUUACUUUUUACCAACUGAGAAAUUGUAGAAAUUCCCAUUUUCGUCUCCAAACAUGGCUUCACUGCUAUGAAACUUUUCUUGAAACCUACAUUAUCUAACUUCAACUUUUUAUUUUACCAACAUCUUUCUUCUCAAGUAAAAUAUGAAAAUUAUUUCUAUCCACUCCAAGUUCAGAAACUAAACUACUACAUCUUUGCAUAGUUAUGCACUCCUACAUCUUCAAUAAUGGGAAUAUUCACACUUUCUCCACCAUAAGAGCAUUAUUGAAAUCAGAAGAAGAUCAAGGAGCUCUUUCAUUUUCAUAUGGAACCAAAAUUGACUGAAACAGUAAACAAUUAACAGCAAUUGCUCCCAACAAGAAAAGCAAUCUUUGGUUUCCCAUUAUAAUGAUUCUUUCGUUUUUUGUUGCUGGACCCAAUGAUGUCAGAAUUAAAAUGAAAGCUAGUAGAAUCUGUGGGAGUGAUGUUCACCACCUCAAGUAUGACAAAAUGCAGAUGAACAUGGUUCCGGUACGAGGAGUUGAUAUUGUGUAUCCUGCACUUGUCAUUGUGAAUAUUACCCUGCAUCCGUGAAUAAAUUGUGAGUGAUCUGAUCUUAUAUUACCCUAUGUUGUUUGGUCUGGUUGUGUUUUAACCUUUGUUAUCAAUCAAAUGUAAACAAAAUUGAAGUUGCCAAGAAUGUAAUCCAAAAUCAUGAUGUGUUAUCUACUUAUCUGAUCAAUGUAGAAAUGAGUUUGAGGUUAGUGUGGAGAAGAGAAAAAAUAAAGUAUAUUUCACUUCACUCAAGGUUGGCAUCAGCUUGGAACUCACUAUAAACUCAUUUUACCAUGGCUUUUUUAAGUUCCAAAAUGUUGAUUAUAAAAGUUAGCUAGGGAUAGAUUUGGAGUUGAAAGUAUGUAUAAACUCAUUUUUUAUGUUUAGGAUUGAGGGCAAAAAUAAACAUGUAAAAGGAAUUUUUCUUCAUUGUUCAAAGACAUUGACUGCUAUUGAUGUAUUAUUAUUAGACUUUCUGGUAUGCUAUUUUCUUGUUGUA